AUGGGUGAGGAACUGAACCAACCCCGUAGUCUCAAGGACUACAUGUACCCAACAAGGGCAAGCCAGCCCUCUUGCAUCAUUCUGCCAGCUGAUGAUGGCCAGUUUGAACUGAAAGCUAGCACAAUUCACAUGUUGCCUGUGUUUAGAGGGGUUGAUGCUGAAAACCCUUACCACCAUGUAAGAGAUUUUGAAGAUAUCUGUGGGACUCUGCGUUUUAACCAAAUGUCGGAAGAGUCCCUCAAACUGAGACUAUUCCUUUUCUCUUUGAAAGAAAAAGCCAAGUCCUGGCUGCGUGCCUUACAACCACAGUCCAUUAGAACAUGGGAUGAUCUUACAAAAGAGUUUAUCAAAAAGUUUUUCCCUAACCAUAAGACUGCGACAAUUUGUCAAAGUCUGGAUGGUUUUGUGCAAUUAGAAGGCUUAGUUGUCAGAACCCGAACUAUAGUAGAGUCAAUGUGCAAUGAUGCAUUUAUUGACAAAAGUGUUGAUGAGACUUGGACUUUCUUAAUCGAAGUCGCUGAAAAGACUCAGCAGUGGGAGUCCAUCUUUGAACCCAAAAAGACCACCCCUGUAGCUAAUGUCCAUAAAAUCAAGUCCGAUUUUGAAGAAAAAACAAAUGUUGCAUCCUUGGCUAGGAGAGUAGAAGCGCUAGAGCUGCAGAAGAAUGUGAAAACUACUGCCCCUACUCUCCGUGACCAAAUUGAAAUAGCCACUUGUGCCGCAUGCCACAGUUCAAACCACCUAGUGGAUAGUUGUCCAGACCUACAAGAUUUUCAUGAGUCUAGACUUGAGCAGGCUAAUGCUUUGUAUCAUAAGCAUGAAAACAAUCCUUUUUCUCAUACCUACAACCCAGGGUGGAGGAAUCACCCUAACUUUUCAUGGUCUAAAGGGCCCGUACAAGGGGGUACAACUAGUAAUAACUAA